AUGCCCCAGUGGUCUGGGAUAGUGGGGUCUUGUUUUGCCCAGAAAUGUAAGGGCGAGGACGUUGCCAGUGCUACUUCUUUGGCUUACUCUUUGUGUGAGAGCGCUGGUGCUAAUAUCUGGAUGAUGCCUGCUUCGGUUUCUACGGAGCUUUCGCUGGCUGCUGGCACUUGGCAGGUUGCUGCUGCUACGACGAAGGACUCGGACUUUGGCGAUGGUGCCAAGUUGCUGUCUGUGCUUAAGACAGCUAAGGACGAGGAUAAGACCAAGGACGAUAAGAGCCUGACGAGUUCUAAGGCAAGCAGUGAGACUUCUUCUGGUUCGUCUGCUACCACCACUGGUUCUUCGUCUACUGGUUCUUCGUCUACUGGUUCUUCGAGCUCUGCUUCUGGCUCGUCUUCUGACUCCGGUGCUAGUUUCCAUGGAACUGGUCUUUUCGGGCUUAUUCUUGUCGGUGUGCUUUCGUUGCUCCACUAG